AUGGUUAGUCAAAUGAAUGAUGAUCGAGCUGAUCAUACAGCAUCUUUAUUAACAAAUGAAAAAGUUUUAGCUACUGGUGGUAGUUAUCUAAAUAGUGUUGAGUUAUUUGAUCCGUCGACAAGAACUUGGACAAGGGCUGAUUACAUGAAUAAUUCACGACAUUGGCAUACAGCAACUGUAUUAAACAAUGGAAAAGUGUUAGUUGCUGGUGAAUAUGGUACUGAUCACUAUUAUCUAAAUAGUUCUGAGUUAUAUGAUCCAUCAACAGGAAUCUGGAGAAAAAGUGGUUACAUGAAAACUGGGCGGCAGUUACACACAGCACCUAUAUUAACGAAUGGAAAAGUAUUAGUGGCCGGUGGAGAAAAUAAUGUUGAUGGUGAUCUAAAUAGUGUCGAGUUAUAUGAUUCCUCAACAGAAACGUGGACAACUAUUGAUAAUAUGAAUAAUAAACGAACUCUCCACAAAGCAUCAACAUUAACAAAUGGGACAGUAUUAGUUACUGGUGGAAUUUAUUUCAGUGUUCUGAGUGGUGCAGAAUUAUAUUAA